UCCGCUCAUUCACUCCGUCCUCAUAUUAUUUGUUAUGCCCAAUAUACGAAGGCAUUUUAUAUAACUCUCGGGAAUUGUAAAAAGCGCCAAAUUGUGUACCGCCUAACUUGCCUUCGAAAUUAUCAAAAAGUACGUCUUUCUAGAGUCUUGUACGAUUUAUGAUCGAAUUAAAUCAAUCUAUUCAAUCGUGUCCAAGCAAUAUCUUGUGUACAAGUGGGAGAAUCUAUUCGAAAUUGGAAAUGUUUGAUUAAUUUCUUAUCAGUUGUCUCUAAUCAUCAGAGUCUACUACGUUUGCAUCGUUUGGGACUCGCUGACUGUGACAUUUGAAUACCGACUAGUGAAAAUUUCGUCUUUUUGAGUUUUAUUCAAUUUGUUGUGUGUAACAUUUAAUAUUAUUCAAUAUUAUUGUACUAUUGUUACUAAUAGUAAUUCGUUUAAUGUAUUUUAUCUCUAUAGUACAUUAUUGAUUAGUAUAGUAUGCAAUAUACAUAUAAAUUUAAGAUAAUAUAAUCAUUGAGUAUAUAAUAUUAUAUUAUACAAUAUUAUAAUAUACUGAAUACCAAUAUAUAAUGUCAUCGAAGAAUUUAAAACCCAUAGGUGGGUUGUGCUGCGCUGUUGCGAAUUGUGAACAGCAUUCUGGCAAUGCAAUACAAGAUGGAUAUAACGUAUCAUUUCACAGGUUUCCUGAAGACUUACAGCUACAACAAAUUUGGGCUCAAAAAUGUAAUAGAAGUGAUGAAUGGAAUCCCCAAACAUCCAGUAUUUGUUCUAUGCAUUUUACCUCACAUAGCUUUGUCCAUGAUCUGAGAGCCGAACUUAAAAGAUAUAUUCCUAGUUUUCGUAUCUUAAAGGAGAAUUCUGUUCCGACAUUAAAUUUACCAACAGAUUCAGAGGUCUCAAAAUCUUCCACUAAAUGUAAGGGUGGUAAAUAUGCUGAAACGGCCAAACUGAUUUGUGAUGUUAUUAGAAAAUUUCCAUCAAGUGAUUCGUCAGCACCUUUAUAUUUACUAUCACAAGCAACACCAUCCAAUUCAAUGUGCAACAUAGAUACAGUUUUACACCGAGACAUGUCUUAUACUACUGAUUAUAAAAAGCUAUAUAAAGAUCUUCUCAAGCAAUGCCAUAUUUUAAAAACUGAAAACCAAAAACUGCUGGAGAAGACAAAAAAAAAAAAUAUGCCAGAAAGUUGGUCCAGAGAUGAAGUAGCCAAAUCCUUUGGUCUAAUAUACUACAGUAAGAGAGCAUAUAUGUAUGUGAGAGAUGAGCUGCAUUAUCCUCUCCCUGGACUUUUGUCUUUCCAGCGGUGGGCUAAAACAAUAGAUAUGAGUGAUGGUCUUAUAAGUGAUGUACUGAAAAUAAUGAAACUGAAUAGUGAUAAUAUUGAAGACCACGAAAAACUCACCGUGCUCAUGUUUGAUGAGGUAAAAGUCUGUAGAAGGGAAUAUGAUGAACCUAAUGAUAAAAUAGUAGGGCCACAUAGCAAAAUGCUGGUAGUCAUGGCUCAAGGUAUUGCAUCAAAAUGGAAGCAACCAAUUUAUGUUGAUUUUGAUGUAAAAAUGUCUAAAAUUAUUUUAUUUGAUAUUAUUGAUGAACUGGAGAAAAUAGGUUAUAAAGUUAUAUGUUGUGUUACCAAUUGUGAUGAUGCAAACGUUAAAUUGUGGAAUCAAUUAGAAAUAACAUAUGAAAACCCUACCUUCUGUAUUCCUAACGGACGAAGAAUAGUAUAUAUUCCGGAUUCGCAUCACUUACUGAAACUUGCAAGGAACUGGUUAUUAGACACAGGUUUUUAUUUAAAUGGAGCUGAAAUAAACAAAAUACCAUUAGAAGCACUAAUAACCAAGAUAUCAUCUGAAGUAAGUCCAUGUCAUAAAUUAAAAAGAGAACAUCUGAAAUGUGAAGUACCUCUACAGCAAAAUAUUAAACUAGCCAAACAACUUCUAUCAUAUUCUACAGCUACAGCGCUUCAACAUUAUAGGCCAAUCGAGGAUUUUGAAUUAUUAAAUAAUACUGCAGAAUUCAUAAAGCAAAUUAAUAAUUGGUUUGAUUUAGCUAAUGUUUCUCUUACAAAUGACAAUAGUACUCCAUUUAAAUCACCUUAUGGAACAUUUUUAUAUCAACAAGACAAACUUUUGAAUGAAAUGUACAAUACUAUUAUUUUUAUGAGAUGUAUGGGAAAAAACAGUCUACAAAUUUUUCAAAAAGGUUUUCUUAUGCACAUAAAUGGAACUAAACAGAUUCUACACAUUUUAAAAGAAAAUGGCUUGAAUUAUUUGUUGACUAGUAAAAUUAAUAAGGAUGCUCUACAAAAUCUAUUUGAUCAGAUUUAUUCUGGAGAAAACUUCCCAUCACCGUUGAAUGCUCUGUCCAGAUUGAGAAUGAUUUUUUUAGGAAAAUAUCCAGGAAUUGCUUCUAAUAAAUCAAAUACAAGAGACAAUAACCAUGAAGAAUUUAUAGUUGCUCAGUCAUUAAAAUUAGCCAACAUUAGUUUAGAUGAUGAAUAUGAUGUAGUUGAUGAAGACAGUGAAGGAAGUUACACAGAUACAACAAGCGAAGAUGAAUUUCAAAUAAGAAAUGAAGAUAAAAAUAAAAAUGAGAUGGAAGUUGAAGCAGUUGAGUACUUAGCAGGUUGGUUGGCUCUAAAAUAUAAGUCCACAAUUCCUGAAAUUGGGUAUAAAUCAAAAAAUUUAACGCAUCAGAAAUUCACAAUGCCGUCUUGGAUUAACCACUUAUCAUAUAGUAAAUUAAUUAUUCCAAGUGAUGAUUUAAAAAAAAUUAUUUUACGAGUUGAACGUUUGUUCAAUAAAUUUACAAAAUACCAAGUUCUCAAAGGUUCAAAUGUGGUUGCUAAAUUAACAAACAAAAUAUUCUCAAGAAUGUCAGUUGAAAAAAAAUUUAAACCUGUAAUUCAAACUUAUAUCAAACAAAGAAUUAUUAUACGAAUGAAAUAUUUGAACUACCACAUUCGGUUAUUAAAACAAAAAAAUAAAUCCAAAAACUAAAUCAGUUAAGAAAAAUAAUUACUUAUUAUAUACUACUAAAUUAAUUUUAUUAUUGUUACUAGACGUUACUUUAUUACCUUUAUUACAUUAGUAUUUUUGAACUAGUGGUUUUACAAUGAUGUUUAUUUUUUUUUAUCCUGUAUACAAAUUUUUACUGGAAGGAGUUCUUUGAUUUCAACAUAUACUAUCUUAGAGAGGUCAUUUUUCAAUUUUCUCAAAGGUAUUAAACCACAUGAAAAACGACCGACAAAUUAUAAAAAACCGCUAAAAACAGUAUUUUGAUUUCUAAUAUUCUAUUAUAAUGUUGUAAUUUAUUCAUAAACCUAUAGAAAAAAAAGAUUUAAAUAUGUAAUAAAUUAAAAUUAUUAACUAUCAAUAUUUUAACUCCACAUUAUGCACUACAUAUAAGUGCAUACAUGUUAAUGACACAUUUAAACUUUUCUUGAUAUUUUCGAUUUUGUUUUGCACUUAAUGAUUAUUUGUACAAAUUUAAAAAUAUUUAAAAUAUUUACAAAGUAAUAAUUUUCUGUUCAUACAGCGGGUAGUAUAGUUAAUAAAAGUAUAUUGUGUAAAUAAAGCCAUAAUUAAUAUAAUUUUAAAUACAAAUUAUAAUACAAAAAGCCAAAUAAAUAUUCAAGAAAAUAUUUGACUUUCAGUGUGAAUUAUGACUUGUGUAUGGAUCGGCAUUGAAAUUAAUUUUAUAAUAAAUAUAAAUGUUUUGUCUACUUAAAUAAUUAUUUAAUGUAUAUGCCUAAUUAUAAACAUAGCUAGGAGGGGCUUAGCCCCCUCUGAAUUAUUUGUAUUACGACAUGUAGUUGAGUGAUUUUUUUUUACUAUUAAUUAUUUUUGCGCCCCCCCUCCCUAUAUAUUUAACCACCCUACAGAGGCCUAUGUGCCCAAUAAUAUUUUGUCAUUAGUUUUAUAUAUUUAUACGCCUUAGGUAAUAUAAAGAUUAUUUUCACUAUUUUAA